AUGAAGGAGUUAAACGCCAUUCUUCAUGUAUUGCACACUGACGCAUUGUUGGCACUCAUGGAAUAUAUUUUGGUAUGCCAUCCCCGCGUUCUAUUCCAUCCCGCUGUUGGUGGUGUGGGAGGGACUAGCGGCAAUGAAUCGCCCUUUUGCAACGCCAUUCUGUCGGCAAUUCUCUGCCGAUGUGUUGAGCUUUCCUCCAAACACGUCGCGUUCCUGGCCGGGCUCUGCGGUUCCAAUGGCAUAAGCUCUUAUUUGUUGCUUUUAAUUCUGUACCAUACGCGGCAAUCAUUGCGACGGACCCAGGCAACACAGGUUCUGCAGUCGCUGUGUUCCCUCGCCCUGCACCGCAAACCCAUAGUGGCGGGAGAAGCCACAGCCUCCCAUAUUUCUGUGCAGUCCACCGUACUAAGUUCGCUGCUGGUGCGCUGCAUGGAGUUGGAGGCAGUGCAUGAGGGACAUGAUAUGCGACUGUUGCUUUGCCGCGCCUUACUUCUUCACGGAAGCGAUAUGCAGAAGGAAAUUAGAGCUGCGUGCGGUUGGUGGUGUCGAAAGGGAACCACCUCUCGCCGUCGUGCCGAGGUCCGCAACGAUAGCUAUAUCAAAAAAGGGAAUGCAUCCUUACUUUCACUUCCAUUCGAGAUAGAGCUAAGUGAUGCUUCGUCACCUGCAGCCGCCUUCGCCGCAAUGGAGGCGGCUAGUCGGCUGCUCAAUUUGCCUGACGUCAACAAAGAAUACUUGUUGUUGCUUGCGAGGCGUCGAGUUCUUGUUUCCUCUAGGUCGCCAUCGUGUACCGGAAGCGUUGGACCGAUAUCAGUGAAGCUGGGACCCUCAGUUGCUUCGACUGAUACCAUCUCGUGUAAAGUACCUCCCGCACUCCACCAAGAGAUACCAGCGGCGAAACAGCUUAAGGGUGAGGCCAGACUUUUAGGGUUGGAGGCACUGACACGGCGCUUGUUGGAUGUGACACAAUUACACUCGGCGGUCAGCUUGGUCGACGCCGUUCUUCAGAACUGCCCGGCCCUAAGCCAAUUGCUGGUUCACCGCAUUUUUCAGCUUUGUCUCGCGGAGGAGCAUUGGGAUGUGAGUCCGGCUGGAGUUUCCGCGGCGGAGGAACUGACAGUGGAAGUGCUCACUGCUUUGUAUCGUUUAUUACCACACGUAGACGUGGCGGAUACCCUGGAAGAAGUCAUUAUGUACUGCGGACCGGCCUGUGUGCGGUGUGAGGAGGCAUGUGCACGUAGCAGCACCUCGCUGACACUGUAUUAUUCGCUAAUCAAAUGUGUCGCGUUACACAUUCCGCCUGAUACUCUUCCUAAACUCUUUUGGCGGCUGCACCGUAAGCGAGAGCUUGCGGCAUUUCGGGUUUCUUCAAUAAUGCUGCGUAUUUUACUGCAAUCAGUGGAGUACAGUGCCCUUGGCUCGUUCACUGCUGAAGAGGUGGGAAUUGUACACAGUUUUGUGCAGCAGGAACGUACGAAAGUAGAUCCAUGUGUUGUAAUUGAACAUCAACAAGAAGGGAAAGAGUUGAAGAACAGUGACAAUAGUACCACGGAGUCGAGCGGCGCUCUUCUAGAUGCUAUUGAUGAAUAUACAAGGAUGAGAUUACAAUGUGUUGGUAACUUUAAAUCGUUGCCCCUCUACUUGCUAGGAAGCCCUAACGAUGCUGUGGAAGGGGAUUCAACGUCUGCGCAACACGCGUUUUCGGUGGCCCUGAUGGACAUGUUCGGUUUGAAGGCUGCAAGUUACGUUGGACCAACUGCCGUGCUGCGGUACCGGGAAAUGCUGGCGUGGUUGUAUGUUGUUUAUCACAUGUCGAUAUCUGUUGGUUGCGAUGUGGAAGUUCUUACAAAAUUGGCCACGACGCAGGGGAUGAAGCUGCGCAUUAGCGAGAGGUGCAGGGUGCUGGUAGAGUUAUCGGAGUCUCUAACGGAUAAUGUUGUCAUGACUGCGUUUAGCAGCCAAGUGUUGCGACAGGAAAGUGUUGCGGAGACCCCAGGGUGGAAUAUAUGUUUCAAGAGUUGGUUGCUUCGUCGGCAGCAAAGCCAAGCAGAGCUUCAGCAUGUGCUCGCAGGGGCUGAUUUUGACGAGUCAGCGGCCGCAUUCAUCAGCUAUGUUGCACUGUCCCAGAACGAUACUGCAGUUAUACACCAAAUCAAGCAACGUACAUCGUGGACGUCUUGUGCUGCUGUUCUCCUCCGCACAGACACCGAACUGAACAGCGAAAAGUACCGAGCUCCAUUUUCAGGGGGUGAAGGCGGCGUGACAUUUUGUGCCAACUUCAAUAUUGAUAAUACUUUCGGCGGCACAUAUGGUGGAGGUGUUGUUAGGGAACAGGUUGCACUUGUGGGUGAAGUUCUUGCGGUUGCGAGGUGUGCUAUAAAGUUUGCUGAGGGGUGGUGGGACAACCCUUAUUAUGAAAACAGUGAGAUGCCUGCAACGGCACAGCUGGCGUGUAUUUGGGCUCACACCGACUUGCUUUUUCUGGAGGAAGAUUGCGUUCGAAAGUUAGAACAUUACGAAGCUCUUCUACGGCUGUGUAAGGGCGAAAGGUACGUAAAGUUCCUGCAGCACUUGCCCGAAGGUACUCACUCCGAUAUAUUUGGUCUCACUCUGGGAAUGUGGCAACGAGGGUUGGCGUUGCUUGGACUUGCAGAGCAACUUCCUCAGAGUUUCUCCCUUCCAGCUGAGGUGUAUCGUACAAGCAUGCGGGCAUGCCUGAUGAACCGUGUACCGAUCCCUAGCUUCAUCCGUCAGAAGGCAAUGGGCCUAGGUCCAAGCUGA